AUGAAGCCAACCGUGCUCACGUUGCCAAAGUCGCACUCAUAUCAAUUUUUACGCCGAGCAUGGCCCAGAGUGGCUAGAAAAGCUACAUCAUGGCUCAUGCCUAUUGAGCUCAUUGGCCUGGUGCCGAUACUCGUCAUUUUCGGCAUUGCGCAGCCAGACAUGUACAGAACAGACAUGUGGCAUAUUGGAUUCGAGAAUAAGCUCAACUCCAACCCCAAUAUGAUUCUGUAUGCAUAUGCCAACUACAGGUCUCUGCCCAAGGUUCCGCUCAUUUGGUCACAAACGUACGUAACGUGUCGGGAUUCCCUCGUGGCCAGUAGAUGUGCCAAGGUUAGAAAAAAAACUAACAUGUCAAAUCUUCCCAUCAGCCUUACGGAUUUCAAUGUCGCGAUUUCUGUCAUUUCACUCUUCUUCCUCCUUUCGAAGCUCAUUUCGCACAUAAUGAAGCUAUGGUACCCCAUUGUGGCGGUUUUUAUCAACUCAGCUCUUGUUGCACUUUACACUGUCAGCACAUACGGUCAGAUUGGACCAGAUUACGCUGAUGCGCGAUAUCCUUCGCCGGCAGCGUGGUACUUUCGGCAGGGAUGCGGGCUUGCCCAGAGGUAUGGCAAGUACAGAGCUUGCCAGGUUGCCCAGGGGUCGUUGUUCAUCACUCUCUACAUGCUCGUUGUCUAUGUCCUAAACUUGGGCUUUGCCUUGUAUGCCAUGUGGCCUAAUCCCAUCAACGACGUGGACGAGGACGACGAAGAUCGAGAGUCGACUAGUUCUGAUCCCAAGGAACGCAGUACCUGGGAGAUGCAGAGCAUGAAAUCACCCGUGUCUGUGCGCGAGUCGCCGUUUACUCCAAGGACACAGGCGUUCCAUACUCUUGACAGGCAGCUUCCCCUGCGACAGCCGAAGCAAGCCCAGCGGUUUGCUUAA